UACAGAAUUGCCGACUAGCAUGUGUUGUUUAAUCAACCUACGUCAUCUCGUGAUCGAAGGAACGAGAUUGAAAGAGAUGCCGCCACAGAUGUGCAAGUUGAAAAAUCGACAGAUGUUAAGUUAUUUUGUCUUGGGUGAAAAUGGUGGUUCUCGGAUCAAAGAGCUGGGAGAACUACAGUCUUUGUGUGGAAGUCUUUGUAUUUUAGGCCUUGAAAACGUGGUGGAUGUUGGGGACGUGAUACAGGCUGAUUUGAAGAACAAAGAGCAGCUUACUGAGCUUAUUUUAGAAUGGAAGUAUGGAGAGACUGAUGAUUCAACAAAAGAAAGACAAGUACUUGAUGCGUUGAAACCGCAUGGAAAGCUGAAGAAACUCAAAAUCAGAGGUUACUGGGGUACAAUAUUCCCAGAUUGGGUAGCACAUAAAUCGUUUAGUGACUUCGUUGAAGUCUCUCUGAUUCAUUGUGAACGUUGUUGCUUGUUGCCCUCAUUUGGGCAAUUACCUUCCCUCAGAAAGCUUGAGAUUGAGUAUAUGAAUGGGUUGGAAAGUAUAGGAGAUGAAUUUUGUGGUACUUCCUUGACCAAGCCAUUUCCAUCCUUGGAAAGCUUAAGAAUCAGUCACAUGGAUUUGUUGGAGAAUUGGUCAUUUGCUGGAGUUGAGCAAAGAGGAGAACUUUUCCCUCGUCUACGGGAAAUCUAUUUACGUGACUGUAAGAAACUAAAACUAAAAGUAGAGAUUAAUUCCGCAUAUCCCUCUCUUGAGCGUAUAAAAUUAGACUCCUGUCCAAGAUUAGAGUCAUUUUCAGGAAUGGGCUUGCCCUCUAAUUUAAAGGGACUUGAUAUCCAUAAGUGCCCAAUGCUCAUUGCAGACCGUAUGAAUUGGGAUUUGCAAAGACUCUCCUCUCUUCAAAGAUUAGCGCUCCGUGGAUGUGAAUUUGAAGAAGCGGUGGAUUCAUUUCCAGAGGAAGGGCUGCUUCCAUCCACUUUGACUUCUCUUUGGAUCUGGUCCUUCAGAAACCUUAAAGCCCUACACGGAAAAGGCUUUCAGCAACUCAUCUCCCUUCAACAUUUGGAAAUUUAUUACUUCGAAGAAUUAGAGAGCUUGCCAGAAGAAGGGCUUCCCCUUUCUCUUAAUUAUUUAUUCAUCUCGAUCUGUCCUCUGUUAAAAGAGCGGUGCCAGAGAGGAACAGGGGAGGAUUGGCCCAAGAUUCAACACAUCCCCAACAUUAUGCAUUUCGUUCCCUCCCCAUCGUCAGUGUGCUCCAAUCAUCUCUUCAGUGAAGGGUCCAAUCGAACCCACCUGUGCUCGAAUCCAAACCCCGUCCAGAUGUUUCAUCCUUUCCCAGUGGCAAAGCAAAGAAAGAAUCCCCAUUUCCAGUACUUGUAAAGAACGAUUCCAGGGAAAGUCUUUAUAACUCGACCAGGAUCUUAUGCAGACUGACUUUUAUUUUGCAUCUAGUCAUGAACCGCUAUUGCAACUACUGAACAGAUUUUGGAACGAGUGAUUAUCCGCUGCAUUUUCUCGCGAAUGGCAUUGAAAUAUUAGAGCGGAACUAGCUUUCUAAGUGUACUACUUUCUUUUUAUUUUGUCAUCAACAGUCUAAUACAAGAAUCAUAGAGGAAUUCGUUGUAAUGACUGAGAAAAUUCCAGACUUUAAAUAAUACAAUUUAUUUAUUUA